GGCUUGUGUUCGCAUUGGUACGGACAUUGUGUGUAUCAGGUAUACCUAAAGAAUAGUUUUUUGGAAACAUCAGCAUUGGUUUACGGCAAAAUACAAUCAAAUUAAAACUAAGAUACAGUUAAAACCGUAAAGAGAUGCCACGCUAUCGUGAAUGGGACCUGGCCUGUAAAGUUUACGUGGGUAAUUUGGGAUCAUCGGCCUCGAAAUAUGAAAUAGAAAAUGCCUUUAGCAAGUACGGCCCGUUGCGAAAUGUCUGGGUAGCUCGAAAUCCCCCAGGCUUUGCUUUUGUCGAGUUCGAAGAUCGUCGAGAUGCUGAGGAUGCAACGCGAGGUCUGGAUGGCACACGCUGCUGUGGAACUAGAAUACGUGUCGAAAUGUCUUCAGGGCGUUCUCGUGAAGGCCGCGGUGGUGGUGGUCGUCGCGGGGGCCGCAGUGGCAGCGGUGGCGGCACCCGUGCAGGCGAUAGUAGCCGCUAUAGGAUAAAGUCUACUUCUACUACGACAAGAACAACAGCUACUACUACUAGAACUUCUACUACUAGCUCCUCUUCCUUCAACAAGAACUACUACUACAACAACAAGAACAUCUUCACGUCUCACAACUACUACAGAUCCUGCUCCUAUUAUUACACAUAUCUCACCAACAAAACAAUCAAACUUACCAAUAUCACCAAGAACAACAACAACAACACCAAUAUACACAGCAAUAGCUACAACCACCACUACACAAUAUCAAACGCUAGUCAAAAAAUAAAACAAAAUUGUACCUUUAAAAUAGACGCAGAUUACAAUAAGCAUGAUACAUUUUGUUGGCACGGGCUAAAAACUAAAACAGUACAUAAAUACGCUCCUCUAGAUCAUAAUCCUCAAAAGUCAGUCAGGCAGUCAGGCAUCCUAUAUUGUAAUAUAUAUUUAAAAUUUAAUCACAGCAACAACAACAUAAUAAGGAAUAAAGCGCAUACUCAUACCCAUGAUAAACAUACUCCAGUCAUAGAUAAUUUUCAACACGACUACAGAUACAUUCAACACAAAUUGCCAUAUCGACACAUGUAUCAACUGCAAUAUUUAAAUAUAAACAUAUUUAUGUGUGCGAAACCAACAUGUCCAAAUCAAACACCCUCGAUUGAUUUUUCUACGAUUCAACAAAUUUCAAUCAGCCAUCGCAGCAUCAGGCGUCGAUUUAUUUUAUGAAGCACCGAAAGCCUUCAUCCUUAGUAUCUUAUUACAGCACAAUAACUUUUUAUAUUUAACAAAACUAAUCAUCAACCUUCACCAUCAUAAGAACAACAAGAACCAACUGCAAUCCAGCAACCACUCAAGCAAAUCUAAAUCAAAUAUGUACACCAACGCCAGCGAUCAAUCAACCACAACAGCUACCAUAACUAAAUGCGACGGAAGCACAAUUCCAGCGUAAUAUGUUCAGUUAGUUUACCGUUUACGUGUAAAUGCUCUGGCCUCAGUUGUUGCUGCCCCAUCUUACAAGCACAUUAGAGUUUCCCGAACGCCUGUGUUGCAUAUUUCACUCUCGGGAGCACAAAAUUUGCUAAAGAACUAUUGAUAAAAGAAAAACAUCACAACACUCCAACUUUUACUGCUGCUUCACUCUAGUUCUCCAACCGCAAGUAUAUAAAUUCGCAAAUAAUAUAUAAUAGACCAAGCUUAUAACCGAAAAAUUGCUUAAUUACUAACUCAAAUUUGUGUGCUCUUGUUAGGGUGCUUAUAAGUCGUACAUACAUUGGCGAGCAAAACUGAGUUAAUUGAUUUGUCGCUUCGCCGAACUGAGCAAAGCAGAAAAAUAAAAGAAAACAACGAGCCUGUAAUCAAAAAACAAAAAUAACAUUUUUGUUGUGGGGCAUAAUUUGUUGUAGAAUUAAUUACAUACAGAUAAUGCGGCCGCUUCAAUGCAUACAUAUUAUUUUAACCACGUUUUCGAUGUAGUCUUGUAUUGUUCUCCAAUAAAGGUUGUUCCUUUUAAUAAUCCUGAUUCGAAUCACAUAGUCCCCUCGCUCACGGCUUUGCCUGCUAAAUCAUUUGUCUUCGACAAUAGAUGAUGACGUGCAGUAUACGUUAUCAGAGUAAGAAUUUAAGUAAAUGGAUUAGUCGGCCAAUAGCACAAACUUCAAUCUAAUUUAGGGGAGUUUCUCAUGAAUAUCUGUCUUACGUGCAAUGCGGCACAAAUAAAAUAAUAUUCUUAUAACUUAUUUAUAGAAUAUAGUAGAAUGAAAGCAAAUAACGGUUAAAUUAACAAGCGCUUGUGGAUACAGAAUUCUUAAUAUUUCAAUGCCCUUAAGUUUGUGGGAAUAUAUUUAGCAGGAAAAGGAAGCACGUGAUCAAGUUCAUUAUUUAGACUUUAGCUGGUAUUUAUUUUUUCCUAUAUAUCCCGCCUCAUUUAUCGCUAUAGUAGUUUUGCUCCUUUAUAGCUAAUAAUCUAACAAAUAUACGGUCAUUUUAUUACUCAAUUUUGCUCGCCACUAUACAUACAUAUACUGUCUGUCUGUGUACGUAUAUACUACUUGUAUGUGUAAAUAUUUACAGAUUGUGUUUUUACUUUUUUCGUAUUAAAACUGCACAAUUAUAAGUGUUAAUCAAUACAGACUAACGCAUUCCAUCAGCAUUUAAAUAAUUUCUCGGCGACAAAAUCCUACUUCCGUCAGCGCCUGGCCGGAAAUACAUACAUAUAUAUAAGUAUAUACAUACGUAGAUGUAUAUACUUAUAUGCAUGUAAAAUAUGUGUAAAUCUUACGGCAACGUACCGCUCUUAAGUGCAAUAUUAGAACCUAUAGUAUAUUAUUUCUAUAGAUCUAAAUGGCAUUAAAUUUAAGCAUUGCAAGGUCGCUGUAAAAAAGCAACUCUUACAUGUGUCGAAUUGUCAAUUUAAAAUUUAGUAAAUGUUGCUAGCUUUAAGAAUCAAAAAUGAAAAACGUACAAUCUGUACAAAUGUUGUAGGUGCUUUGCAACAUUUGAAAAUUCGCUUGAAUUAUCCUUUACUUUAUCCUUCGUUACGUUUCUCCUAAUUUACUAAUAUUUUUGAAAUUCUGAAUUUCGGCCGGAAUGCCAAUUUUUUCUCCCCGGGUAUAAAGGCUUAAUGGGUUUCAUGAAUUAAAUAGAUAGUAGUUAUAUCUGCUACACGGGUAAAUUUCAAUGUAAUA